AUGUGGGGAUGCGGUUUGCACUGUUGUGAUGGUAGAGGACCUGGCACUGGCUGUCCACCUGGAGGCAGCACUACAGGUGUUGGCGCUAUUCCAGGUAUUGGAGGAGGCAUUCCGGGCGUUGGAGGCGGCAUUCCGGGUGUUGGAGGCAUUCCGGGCGUUGGAGGAGGCAUUCCGGGCGUUGGAGGCGGCAUUCCGGGUGUUGGAGGCAUUCCGGGCGUUGGAGGAGGCAUUCCGGGCGUUGGAGGCGGCAUUCCGGGCGUUGGAGGAGGCAUUCCGGGCGUUGGAGGCCGCAUUCCGGGCGUUGGAGGCAUUCCGGGCGUUGGAGGAGGCAUUCCGGGCGUUGGAGGCGGCAUUCCGGGUGUUGGAGGCAUUCCGGGCGUUGGAGGCGGCAUUCCCGGCGUUGGAGGCAUUCCGGGUGUUGGAGGCAUUCCGGGCGUUGGAGGAGGUGGCAUUCCUGGCGUUGGAGGAGGCAGCAUUCCGGGCGUUGGAGGAGGCGUUCCUGGUGUUGGAGGCAUUCCGGGGGUUGGCGGUGGCGUUCCAGGGAUUGGCGGCAUUCCAGGCGUUGGACGCAGUGUUCCACGGGUUGGUGGAGGAAUAGGAGGCGGCAUUCCAGGCGUGCCCGGCCGUGGAGGAAUUGGUGGCGGCGGCCGAGUCGGUGGGCGAGGAAACUGA